AUGAGAGCUGCCACACAACAGACGUUGGUCUCUUCGCUCCUGAUGGACAUCAGCUUGAUUCUUCUCUUCACUUCUCUCGCAGACCUAUUAUGGGCAGAAGCUGAAGUAACAGGAGUUGUGGGACGAGCGAUCAGAAUAAACUGUCGAUAUGAUGAACAGAAGUACUCGGGACACACAAAAUAUUGGUGUCGCGGGUAUUAUCGCUCCAGUUGUGAAGAUGUAAUUGAUACAAAAGCCGUCAACGGACAACGAGGAAGAUUCUCAAUCACAGAUAAGAGAGACGGGGUAUUUACUGUAACUAUGGAGAAUCUCACCAUGAGAGAUGCAGGAUGGUAUAACUGUGGGAUUGAUCAGUUUGGCAGAGAUACAAUGGUUGCUGUAAAGGUACACAUAUCUGACGAGUCUGUGUCUGUGCCUGUAAUUAGGUUUGUAUCAGCACUCACUGACUCAUGUUCAGGAGGUCAUGUCUCCAUCUCCUGUGAGUCCAUCAGUGGAUCCCUUCCCAUUCGGUAUAAAUGGUACAGAGAGACAGAGGCUGAAGCUUCAGAGAUCUCUCACAGCAACAAACUAGACAUACAAUGCAUCUCCACCGCCCAGUGUCCCCAAUACUACUGCACAGCCUCAAAUAGCAAAGGAACUGAAUCCAGUGAAAUGGUUGAAGAGUCGGUCUUACAGCUAAUACAGGAAGCCUGCAAUUGCUCAGUACCAAUCAACAUUCAUGGAAAGUCCUUUAUAAAGACACUGGAAUUGCUCAAUACACCUACUGAAGCGAUGAGAGCUGCCACACAACAGACGUUGGUCUCUUCGCUCCUGAUGGACAUCAGCUUGAUUCUUCUCUUCACUUCUCUCGCAGACCUAUUAUGGGCAGAAGCUAAAGUAACAGGAGUUGUGGGACGAGCGAUCAGAAUAAACUGUCGAUAUGAUAAAAAGACGUACUCGGGACACAGGAAAUAUUGGUGUCACGGGUAUUAUCGCUCCAGUUGUGAAGAUGUAAUUGAUACAAAAGCCGUCAACGGACAACGAGGAAGAUUCUCAAUCACAGAUAAGAGAGACGGGGUAUUUACUGUAACUAUGGAGAAUCUCACCAUGAGAGAUGCAGGAUGGUAUAACUGUGGGAUUGAUAAGCCUGGCUUUGAUACAAUGGUUGCUGUAAAGUUACACAUAUCUGACGAGUCUGUGUCUGUGCCUGUAAUUAGGUUUGUAUCAGCACUCACUGACUCAUGUUCAGGAGGUCAUGUCUCCAUCUCCUGUGAGUCCAUCAGUGGAUCCCUUCCCAUUCGGUAUAAAUGGUACAGAGAGACAGAGGCUGAAGCUUCAGAGAUCUCUCACAGCAACAAACUAGACAUACAAUGCAUCUCCACCGCCCAGUGUCCCCAAUACUACUGCACAGCCUCAAAUAGCAAAGGAACUGAAUCCAGUGAAAUGGUUGAAGAGUCGGUCUUACAGCUAAUACAGGAAGCCUGCAAUUGCUCAGUACCAAUCAACAUUCCUGGAACUGAAUUUUCCAGUCCCGAGAUCACAACCAAGUCAAUGCCAACUGCACAUGUUCCAGCUGCAAGCAACUCUUUCACCAUCACAACUGAAGCCAAAACUGAAGGUGGAUUGGGCAGGUUACUGUACAUUGUGCUGGGAGUGCUGGGGCUGCUGCUGAUUGCAGGCAUUCUGUCUGUACUUUUGCUCAGGAAGCAAAAGCAAAAGAAAAAGCACGGUAAAAGAACGGUUGGCUCACGUGGAGCAGGGAAUGGUGAUGAGCUUGAAAGCAAUAUUACAUACGCAACUGUGCAGAAGAGGCAAGCUCGUUCUGUGGCUGGGAGCAGCGAGGGAGCCACAUUUACUGGAGAUGCCGACAUCAAUUACGCAGAAGUGCAGUUAGUUCAGAGAUCGGCAGAGAGUGGAACACCAGCCACGCUCUCACCUGACACUGACUUGGCUAAAAAAUCAAGCAGUAUUACCUGGGGCCUAGAGAAAGGAAAUGUGACAAGUGUCCAGCAAAGCAUCAAGAAAAGGUGA